UUCUUGACCUCAUAAGAAAAAAGCUUAAAAAAGUCACCACGUGAGGUGAAAAGCUUUUUGCUGUCAAACAGCUGUUUUAAUAAAAAUAAGCAAACAAAAAUGGACACAACAAUGGAUAAUCAAGAUAAGCGUACAAAAACGGAAAGGACAACUCAGGAGCAGCUGCAACAUUACAUAAUAUUUUGCAAGCAGCAUCCUGAGUUGCAACGGGGGAAGCUAACUCCGACCAACCCUCAAGGGCUGCAAAUACUUUGGUCGGAGUUAGCAGAUAAUUUAAAUGCCUUAAGAGGUAAUAAUUGGGCCAUUUUAUACUUAAAGGUUUUGCCGUUGUUUUUAAAUAUAGCUCAAGCUCCAGCUUCCUCGCCAACACCCAGUCGCAUCGCCUGCUCCAGCGCCCUCACCAACAGUCGCAUCGCCUCCUCUAGGAGGAGGCCAUUGCUCUAAAAAGGAAAAUUGUAGAGCAAAAUGUGCAGAUGACAGAGGUGCUGACCCAAAUAACACAAGCACUAACCUCGCUGUCAGAGGUUAUGGCUAAAUUGUCUGAAAAAUUAAGUAAGUAAUAAUAAAAAUGUAAAAAACAAAAAAUGAAAUAAAAAUGUAGAAAACCAAAAAAAUGAAAUAAAAUAAAAUCAAUU